CUAUGAUAUCUAUGAUAUCUAUGGGGGCGGAAGGAGAGCGGUGCAGCGCUCUCGCCCUAACCCUCCGUCGCAAUGACGACGGCAUAUCCUCUACCCCGCCAGCUCCCUUGAUCCUCGGCCUCCAGCCUGUCGCGCUUGUCGACCACAUCGCCAGGGUUGAUUCCACUCUCCUCGAUCAUAUUCCAGGCGAUCGCGGCGGCUCUCAGCAGAUUGCAGCUAAGGAUUUAGAUCAGAUAUUGAGCAAAAUCAAUGCUCAUAUUCUUCCUUUUGACAAUGAAGAUCCUCCAUCAAUAACUAUAGCUGGUGGUAGUGUGGCCAAUACUAUACGUGGCAUGGUUGCAGGCUUUGGAGUCUCAAGCGGAAUGAUUACUGCCUGUGGAGAUGAUGACCAAGGCCAUCUGUUCAUCCAUAGCAUGAGCUUCAGUGGUGUCAAUCUUUCCAGAUUGAGAAUAAAAAAUGGAUCAACUGGGCAGUGCGCCUGUUUAGUGGAUGCUGAUGGGAAUCGAACCAUGCGCCCAUGCCUAUCUAGUGCUGUGAAGCUUCAGGCUGAUGAACUUAAUAGAGAGGAUUUAAGAGGGGCAAAGUGGCUGGUCCUGAGAUAUGCAUUUAUAAAUUUGGAACAAAUUAAAACUGCUAUUAGAAUUGCUAAAGCAGAGGGGGUUUCUAUCUCUAUGGACUUGGCAAGUUUUGAGAUGGUCCGAGACUACAGGUCCCACUUGAUAGACCUGCUCAAGAGUGGGAAUAUUGAUCUCUGUUUUGCCAAUGAGGAUGAGGCUAGAGAGCUUAUAAGUGGAGAACCCAGAGUGGAUCCAGAGUCUGCUCUGUCUUUCUUGGUCAAACACUGUGAAUGGGCUGUUGUAACGCUUGGAUCUAGAGGAUGCAUAGCAAUGCACAGAAACGAGGUUGUUCGAGUCCAAGCCAUUACAGACCUGCAUGCUGUCGACGCAACUGGAGCAGGUGAUUUAUUUGCAAGUGGGUUCUUGUAUGGGCUGGUGAAAGGUCUUCCACUAGAAGAUUGCUGUAAGGUGGGAUCUUGCAGUGGUGGCUCAGUUGUCAGAUCCCUUGGAGGCGAGGUCAAACAGCAGAACUGGCAGUGGAUGUACAAGCAAAUGCAGGCAAAGGGUCUCUUGCUUCCUCAUUUGAAGAAUUAGACACUUUCUUGCUUAUAUACCACAAUCUUGCCACAUCCUUCGAUUUAUCCAACUCACUUCAUUUUAUUGUGAUUUGUUCGGCUCUUCCUAAGUAGAUGAACUUGACGUAGAGGUUUAUAUUUUCUGAAGGCGAUAUGCCAUUUUGUGUCUUUAUCAACUUGGUCAUGUAAGCAUCCUCAGUUUAACUCAUUUCAAUCUAUCAAUGGUUGGUGUGA